AUGUGGGCCCGAGCCUUUCGCCGCUUUGCCAGCGGAGCACCUCGGCGUGGUGCAGAGGAGCCGCCACGCGCCUUCUGGGAAGAGGUGCGAGAAGCAGAGCAGCAGAGACAGAAGGCCGCGCGAAGUGCGCGGAACCGACAUCUGCUUCCUAGCCGCCGCGAGCAGCGCGAGCGGGCUGAGGAGAAGGAGGCCCUGUCAAGCGGCCACGCCGAUUUUGGUGAUGCCGCGGGAUUCAUGCCUGAGGAUGGCGCGGCUGUCAAAGAAGCUUCUGAGGAACCGCAGAUCCGAGAGCUUGAUCCUCCCCAGACGCGGCUCCUGGAGGGCUUGGAAGUGCCAGGCCUUCCAGAGCAUGCUGUUGCAGUGGCCGAGCGUCUCCACUCGGCGCGAAGUGCAGGGGAGGUCUUGGCCCUCGGUGCACGGGCUGUGGAGGCAGUGAGAGUUGAAACCGAUGCUGCACAGCGGGCGCGGCGAUUGGGGCAGCUGGCAAUGUCGCUGCAGCUUCUGGCCAAACAGGCCACAGGCUCCAAGCGACUGCCAAUACUUCGGGACAAGCGGUUGCCACCCAUGCUGACGACUCUUGGCGACCACGUGCCAGGCACUGAGGUUUGGGUCCUCCCUGCGGCCAUUAGUGGCCUGGCCCGCCUCGGGGCUUUGGGCUCUGGAAAUGCCCUUGCGAGCUCAGCAGCCAUGGCAGCCGACACCUUGGUGCGAGUGGCCAAAGACCGUCUCGACGACCUGAGCCCUGCACAGUCAAGCCUCGUGUUGGCGAGCCUUGCUGUUUCUGCGGAGCUUUCAGCGUCCAAGGUGGGCUUGGCUUUGCAACAGAAGCUGGUCUCCACCCUGGAGCUUCGCUGUCAAGAGCUGCCCCCGAAGUCUGCUGCAACCUUGGUGCCUGCACUUGUCAAGCUGCGAACUUCUGGUGGAAUGCAGCUGGCUAAAGGUGUGGCACAGUGCAUCGUGGAAGGUGAGGGCUUGCCAGUGAACGAGAUCGCCUCUGCGGCUGCGGGGCUUGCAGCGCUGCGAAGCACCCCUCCAAAGCUCCUGGAGAUGGCCGACAGGGCUGUGCACCACCAAGUGCACCUCUGCACCCCUCGGGCCGUGGUUCAGCUUGCAGCCGCGCUGUGUGAAGGUGGCUCCGAUAACGACACCUUUAAAGACUACCUGAUGCCUGCCGCACGAUCGUUUUUGCUGGACUUCGGACCGCGAGACCUUUGUACCUUGGCCGAGUCCUUUGCCAAGGCCUCUGCAGCCGAAACUGAUUUCAUUGCCGACCUGGCGGACACCCUGCAGUCCAAAGUGAGGGACAUGGGCCCGCAUGAGGUGUCUGUGGCCUUGCUGAUCUUUUCACCUGUUUCCUACGCCGUGCCAGAGCUGAUUCCGGCCAUUUCGCAGCAGCUGAAAAGCUUGGUCGACGAGCUCUCGCCCAAGCAGCUGGCACGUGUUCUCCGAGGUCUGAAUGCUUGCAACGUGGCGGAUGCUCCGCUCUUCGAGGCACUCAGAAGGCGCGCGUCGCAGCUGAGCCACGUCUUCUUUGGGACACACGCCGUCUCGGCACUCGUGGCAUUCGCGGAAGCCGAGCAGGUUGACGUCGGCACAGUCCGAACGCUAGGCGAGACCAUCUUGAGACAUCUUGACCGUCUCUCAGCGCAGGACUACAUCGUGGUGCUCACCACAGUCUCUCGCCUGCCAGCAGACAUGCGUUUGGUUAGCCUUCCUCAGAGCUUCGUUGAGGAGCUCUUACAGGCAUUGCGGCAACGUGGCUACGGGGACUGGCGCUUGGACCCCGAGGCCGUGCUGCAUCUGUUGGAAGCAUUGCGACACCUCCGAGUCGAGGACGAAGUUCUCCUGGAGCUUGUUUGCGAUCGCCUUCCGGUGGCCUUGCAGAAGUCCAAAACCUCGCUCCUACUGAUGGUGGGAUUGCUGGAAAGCCUCGGCGAUCUCCCGUCGAGGAGUCGUGCACAAGUCGCAGCACACCUCCACCGGCGACGGAAGUUGCAAUCUGCCUUGAAGGACUGCUUCAACCAGCACAUGGGCAAGCGCUUGGAUUUAGAGGCGCAGGUGGUUGUCGCUCGCGCACUCGCCUGUCUGGGCAUGGAGAAUCAACACACUCAGGCUUGGCUCGACGUGCUGGUGGCAAGCCCUCAGGCCGAGCUGGAGCGUUUGUCUGCAGAUUCCUGUGCAGACCUUGCCUGGUCGCUCGCACAACUCUCCUGGCAAAUCGAAUGGAAUCGCCGAUUCUGUCGAGACCUUCUGAGGCGCCUGUACCCUGCAGCAGAGGGUGUGCUGCCUUUGCAUGAGGACGAGGUGCCUCUGCCGGCCUUCCAGCCACGCCCGGCCCCAACGCCCUUGCUCCGCCUCGCCUGGGCCAGUGCUGUCCUCGGCGAGGAACCGCCGCUGGCGCUUCUCUCGGAGCUGCAUUCGAGCCUGCAGGGGCAGUUUCCGCAAGAUUGGUGUGGCAGCGGGCUGCGCCAGCUUCAGGAGGUGGCAUUGCAUUGGCAGCUGCAUAACAAGGCGAUCGGCAACACCGAGUCUUCGCAGCUGUCUUCGGAUGUGAAGGAGUGGUUGGAAUUAGCUCUCGAAGUCCCACGGCCGGAUCAGUAUUUUCGCCAGCAGCCACGCCGAGCAGAGCGGCGGCGAAAGCAGAUUGCUGCAGCCAGGUACAGCUACGAGACCUGGCUUACGGUUACUUUGUCGCAACUCCACGUGCCACACCAGGCCCAGGCAAUUGUGGGCUGCCACCGCGUCCCCAUUACUUUCCGGGCUCAGAGACACCUCAUUGAUGUGCUGGACCUACAGGACCUGACAGUGCCAGCUAAUCGGGUGACGGGUGCGGCGGAGCUGCGCCGGCGGCAGCUGCUUCAGCUUGGCUGGGCCAUGCACUCCGUCCACCUAAGAGAUCUUCACGAAGCCGUGCAGAAAGGCAAGCUGAGACUCACGGUUUCCAAGCUCAUCGCUUCCUUGGAUCCGGGAGCGGCCCGUGCGGCCUCCUUCUCUGAAUCCACUUUUACCAGCCGAGCACCCAAAGUACAGGUGCUGAACCGCGGCCGCUGGCAAAGCAGCACCACCGACCAGGCUCUCAGCGACGUCUCAGACAGCGACAUCGAGGAUGAGGACGACCGGGGCUCUGCCCGCUUGCGGAAUCCUCGCUCGGUUCUGCGAGACCGUUCCCGGCGGGAACUUAUCAGAUAUCACAAGAGCAGUGUGUGGCGCGAGCGCUGUUUCUUUUGCCUCUUCAAGUACAUGACUUGGGCUGCACUUACCAGGCUCCUGGGAUCUGUUGAGGUUUUGCUCUUAGUGGCGGGGCAGCCACCACACAUCUCGCCGUCGCAAGCGAAAGCGCAGCAAUUGCCGCAACAGCCGUUGCAGGCACAUCAUAUGCCCCGCAUGCCACAGCAUACGGUGCCGCAGCAGCAGAUGUCGCAGCCUACCCAACACUCACGCCUACAUGCAUCCGGGACGCACCCAGCAGCACCCAGCCGCACGCAGCAGGUGCAAAUGGCUGGGAGUCGACAUGGAGAGCAGAUCUCCGUGGCCGCGCUGGCGUCGUUGUGGACGAAGCCGAGCGCCCGCGGAGAGCCGAUUCCGCAGGGAGAGACCACGGAGGAGGCUCCCGGGAUCACAGUCGGACAAGUCAAUGUCUCAGGCGUGAUCUGUACCAGGGCGACUUGGAAGAUCGAAGACGUCCGAGAUAAGUUGCAGGCCACCUUGGGCCGCCCUCUCGUCUCGCCGCCCUUUCGGGCACGUGGGCUGCCGAAUCUGCGGCUCAUGGUUUUCCCGGAUGCACGCGAGGCAGCGAAGGGAGUAAGACAGCGAGAGCGCAAAGGCCUGUAUGCGACAAUGGUAAAGAAAGGGCCGUUGCACGGCUCCCUUUGUUUGAAAGCAGAUUGCUUGCAAGAUGGCGCGACGGUGCUUUGCUACAACCUGACAGUGGGGAAGGAGCGACGUGGACCGUUCACGUACGACUACAAAGAGAAAGCUGUGAAUGGAUGCGAGGAUUUCGGCAUAGACUGGUUGAAGGAGAUCGACGACUGGGAAGCGUUGGAUGUCGGAGUCGAGAUUCUGGAUGUGAUAGACAAGUCGGAGCGCCAAGCAUACCCGCUGCGCGCUGGGCAGCGAAG